AUGCCAACCACAAAUGGGGGACUCUUGGAUCAUGGCCGCCUCGACGACGUCAAAUUGUCACCAACGAUAUGGAAACCAGUCCGAACAGCAAGAUGGAGUCUUAACAUCGUGCGCCCGGAAUUCUUGAACUUACGCUCAAACACCAAGAGCAGCUCCACCAGACCGACAGCGUGGUUAGACGGUCUAAGGGGAUUUGCAGCGUUCUUGGUAUAUCUGCAUCACAAUCAACUGUGGUCCCACGGUGGCAAAGGGAAUCUGGUCUUCGAAAACUCGUUCGGCUACGAGGGAAGAUACUACUCCGCAGCUUUCCCUUUCGUACGACUCUUCUUCUCUGGUGGCCAUUUCGCCGUCGCCAUCUUCUUCGUCAUUUCAGGAUAUGUCCUCUCGCUCAAAAGCCUGAGACUCAUACAAGAGGGAAAACCAUCAAGCGCAUCAGAAACGGUUGGCUCCGCUCUCUUCCGUCGCUGGCUUCGACUUUACAUUCCUGUCAUCAUUGUCACGUUUGCCUGGACGUCGUUCCGACACUGGAGUAAACUCUCGCUUGACAUGCACGAGAUGAAAUCCACAUUCCGCGAAGACGUCAUUGACUGGUACCAAACCUUCAAAAACUACAGCUUCGUAUUCUCUACAAACAUCUAUGAGUUCACGGAAGCGUAUCAUCCCCAUACCUGGUCAAUACCUAUCGAAUUCAAAGGAUCCAUUGUCAUCUACACUACACUUUCUGCACUUUCGCGGUGCACACGAAACGCUCGUUUAUGGUGCGAGGUGGCUUUGAUCACAUACUUUCUCUAUGUGGUAGACGGCUUCUACGCAGCAUUGUUCAUGUCCGGGUUAUUGCUGUGUGACCUUGAAUUACUGGCCCAGCGGGACGAACUCCCGCGCUUUCUUAGUGCGCUGGCCGGAUUCAAGGAGCUCAUAUUCUUCCACUUGUUCAUUGCCGCACUUUACCUCGGCGGAGUGCCGGCAUUCGAUGCGCCAGAAAUCGAUCGCACCGUUCUCAUCUCCAGGUCGCCUGGAUGGGUCUGGCUGUCACAUCUCAAGCCCCAAGCUGUCUUCGACGCAAAGUGGUUCUACCUCUUCUGGGCUGCAUUCUUCGCAGUAGCCUCAAUCCCACGCCUGCCAUGGCUCAAGCGCUUCUUCGAGACUGGUUUCUGCCAGUACCUUGCGCGCAUCUCGUUUGCGCUAUACCUAGUCCACGGGCUUGUAAUAUGGACCCUGGGAGACCGACUUUACGCCGCGGUUGGGCUCUCAAGGCCAUUUCACAAGGACGGUAUACCAGGAUGGGUCGACAAGUUUCCGCUCCCCAAGAAAGGGCCUAUGGGUCUCGAGGUUGCAUUCUGGCUACCACAGCUGAUCAUUCUUCCCCUUACACUCUACGCUGCCGAGGUUGUUACGAAACUAGUCGAUGAGCCCAGCGUCACAUUAGCCAAUUGGCUUUACAAGUGUACGGUCCGGCCACAAAUAACCCCGCCGAAGCACCAGCGCAGCUACUCUGUACGAUUGACUAAAGGUUUGUCGCCAAAUGUGCGUUGUGUCUCCGUACACAUCAUGCGACGCCGACAUAAUAUUACUUUAGCAACACUUGCUUGUCUCGGAACAGUUUACCUGGUUGCACAACACCGACACGAAUUUGAAACCACACCAGGGGGUGCACACAUCAGCGGAAUUGAGAUACUGCCGUCUGACAGGCUCACCUCCUCCCACCAAAACGAUGACUUCUCUAUCCUGAAGGAUAAAAUAUCAAGCCAAGCAAUACCAGAAGAUGUCAGGUCGCCACUAGAGGAAAUCGCCGCUUCCGCUAUUGAAGAGCCUAGUCUAGACCUCCAGUCGAGACCUUCCUUCGAGGAAGUCCUGCCGUCAUCAAGAAUAGACAGCGGAGCCGAGACGAAAUAUCCUUUCCAAAACGACUUACAGCUUGACUUACCUACCACCGUGCUUCAACGGUACUCGACACAAAAGCCUCACGGUUACGACGCCGGCUCCUCUGGAAGCUAUGCGUAUGCAACAUUUCUUGCUACUCGUAACCCCUCUCUUAAAGAUCCCUACUUUCUCGCUAUUCAUUCGCUCAUCUAUCGGAUACUCUGGUCUUCCCAAACACGUAGCCAAAAAUACCCGCUCAUCGUUUAUGUGGCCGAAUAUGUAACAGACGAGCAGCGUGCGCUCCUUAGAGGAGCCGGUGCACUAGUACGCGAGCUCUCACCUCUUCAAUGGGAAUGCAACGUCUCUGGCGUGCAAGACCGAUGGAAAGAUCUCUUUGCCAAGCUCAAUAUGUGGAAAGAGACUGAGUUUGAGCGCAUCCUGUUCUUGGAUGCCGAUGCGUUUCCAUUGGCGAAUAUUGAUGAGAUGUUCGACCUCGCUCCUAAGCAAGAUUGCAUACCGGAGAAACUGCAUCUUGAUGACUUUCUAUCCGACGGGCCAGUUUGCGAGUCUUACGUCUUCGCUGGUGUCGCGCAAGAUAUCUUCAAUGCGACAUAUCCCAACGUCAACGUCGGGUCGAUGGUCUUCACUCCCUCGUUGCGCAUGCAUGCACGACUUGUGCAGAACUAUGUCAAGACCGACAACUACGAUUGCGUAAUGGCUGAGCAGGCGUUUUUGAACUGGCAGUUUGGUCCGGAGAGUGCAUAUCCAGUGACGAAGUUGGAUAGACAAUGGGGUGGAUUCUUUCCCAUGGAGGACGAGGGCGAUGGAAGACUGAAGGUUGUCCACGAGAAGCUCUGGGUUGCGAAGGAGGGAUGGAUGAAACAGGAAUGGGAGAAGGGUUGGAACGAGAUGAACGAGUUCUAUGAGAGCGCUGAAUUUGCCAAAGCGAGAGAGGAAGAUGGUAUAAUUUCUGGAAGCGAGUAG